AUGCUGUCGCUUCUCAUCGAUCAAUGUGGCGCCGACGCGUCGGACCUCCCGCAGCUGGUGCGACUGAAUGAACUGAUUCGCGCGGAGGAAGAAGGGACUGGCGGUGGUUCCAUAGUGGCGCACACCCUAGUCGCGACUCAGGCACCCCCCUCUCCACCUCUGGCCGCUCCGACCGUCGCACCCGCCGAAGGCACCCACGUUGAGAGGCAAGCAGCGGAGUUCGCCACCCCGUUCGUGUCGACACCCGCCAAGGACAACACCGCGCUCGGUUUUCUGCUACUCCACUGCGCCCUCCCGGAAGAGCAGGCGCAGUGCACGGCGCUACAGCGGCUACAAGGAUUGCUGCUCGAGGAGACGCACGAGGGAGGCGCUGACGAGUCCGCCGAUGGGAACUUCUCCCCGUUCAGGGCCAAGCCACCAACACUGGCUCCCGCACCUACUGCCGCCGCUGUUGUGGCUAACGCAAUCAAGCCACCACACAAACAUGAUCAUCCAGCGUUCUCAGACGUCGGUGCUAUGCAUCAGAACUGGAUAGGUGCCACCACCGCCGUACCUUCGCCCGCACUGCCGGGGACAGCGCCUCCGCCUCGGCCCCGGCUGAGCAUCCCGGUGCCAAUAUUGCCAGGUGCCGGCGAGUGGAAGGGGACCACUUACUUCCGUGCGGAGGAGGCGGCGUCGCCCCAACCAUCGGCCCAGCCCGUGCCGCGGCACGCGGUGUCUGCUGCUUCCGCCGCCGAUAUUUCUGCUGCGGGGGUUGACGGGAAUGCGAUGAGUGACGAGACCGAUGCAUUGCGGGCCAGCUCGCCCCUGCAGCCCUCGGAAAGCAAGGAGCUACCACCGAGCGACGACGACAAGCAGGCCGAAAACAAGCAGGCGCCAGUCACUGUUUUGCUUCCUUCCCACGCUGCCCUCACCAAAGAGACAUGUGCUGCACAGACAGCCCACGAGACGCCUGCUGCAGGUGAAGGCAGACGUGCCGAGUUGAAGGCUGCCACCCCCCUGCGGCCGCGCCAUACUCCGCACACUUCCUCCUAUGCUGGUCGCAUGCCGUGCCCGGUCAGCGAGGCGCUCGCCGCGCGCAACAGCGCAACCGCUCGGUUGCUCGCAGGUAGUGGAGCGACCCGUGCGGCAUCUGAAACGCCGCCGGUGUCACGCCCCAUGUCUGAGUUUGCUAAGCGCUUCGUGAUGAGGCUCUACGAAAGGCCCUGCACACCGUGCGUUGAGGCAACGUCGUCGCCCAUACCCCGGCAGCACCAGCACCACACGCAGCAUCCACCUCAGAUGCUCGCCGCCGGGAGCGGCGUGGAUGCCGCCCGUGGCCGUCGUGCCUCGUCGGAGAGGUCACUUCUUCGAGCGCCCUUGGCGGAAAUGUGGCAGUCAAGGCAGGCAGUCGACGCUUGUCACGUCCUGCCGGCACAGGAACGAGCGUCUCUGCUUGCACAGAAAGUGGUGACGCGGCCGAUGCUCCGUACACCCACGCCGCUUCAGCAUGACCACCAGCAUAGAGGCACUGGCUCGGAGCCGCUGCGCCCUCAUUGCACUGUCCCACACCGCCCGGCUGCCGGGUCGCCUGCGUUACUGCCUAGUGCCCGCCCUUUUCACCGACACUCCUCCUUUCCACACAGCGCUGGGGGCAGCAGCGGCACAGCUGCUGUUGAGCCUCUCUCAGACCUGAUGGUAGUUGGCGUACGCAUCCGUCUGCCCGCUGUGGGUCCUAAACGCCCGCGCCACGCCUGA